AUGAUUGAUGUCGUCGUCGUCGUCGCUGUACCUGGUCGCUCCAUGUCGCUGAGGACCUUGCUUCUCCUCCUAGCUUCUUCAUGCGCUACCAAGCCUAAGGGAAUUACACAUGCGGAGGUGGCUUUGGGCAUUAAACACUUAAACAUCCCAGCACUCCAUGUACCUCAUCCUCAGAAGUUACAUACUUCCAUAAUCGAUACCUCCCCGCUCUCUUCUGCAUACCUCAUCCUCUGCCUUUGUGUCUCUAAGCGCCAGGUUUCCAAGUACGCAAGUGCACUGCUGGGAACCUUGCCUCGAUCCAAUGGAUUCUCAGGUUCCGCAAUCACAAAGGCUGCGUAA